AUGGCGACUCCCGUCGACUCCAAGCUCUUGAAGAAGACCAAAUUCCCCCCUGAGUUCAGCCGGAAGGUGGACAUGACGAAAGUGAACAUCGAGGUUAUGAAGAAGUGGAUAGCCAAGCGUAUCUCCGAUAUUCUGGGUAAUGAGGAUGAUGUUGUUAUCGAACUGUGCUUCAAUCUUUUGGAGGGUACUCGCUAUCCGGAUAUAAAGUCGCUCCAAAUCCAACUCACCGGAUUUCUCGACAAAGACACGCCCAAAUUCUGCAAAGAGCUGUGGUCUCUCUGUUUGAGUGGUCAGGAAAACCCCCAGGGUGUGCCGAAGGAGCUCUUAGAAGCCAAAAAGCAGGAACUGAUGCAAGAGAAGCUUGAGGCUGAAAGAGCUGCCGAAGCCGCUCGACGAGAAAGAGAAGAGGAGCGCAUCCGCGAGCGCGAGCUGAACGAUGUGAGACGGCGGGAACGCUCAGACCGAGGUGACAGAGGAGAAAGAGGUUGGGACAACGAUAUCGUGACUCCUCCCCUCGCCGUGGGUCUGCUCGGCCAGAUCGAACUCCGACUCAUGACCGUUCCGAUUCCCGAUCUCGUCGCCCUCGUCGGCCAGAGCUCACACCUCCGCGCGCUCGCUCUCCUUCUCGUUCUCGCUCUCCUCGUCGAUCUCGUCGGUCAAAUUACACUCCUCCACGCGCUCGCUCUCCUUCUCGUUCACCGCGUCGUUUGCAUCGAGCCGAUCUCACUCCUCCGCAUCGGUCUCGGUCUCGAUCACGGUCUCGAUCGCCUCGCCGUCACCGUCGUCCAACCCGUUCAUCUUCGCCUCGCCGUGUGUCUUCUCCAUCUCCUCGCAGGCACCGCCGUCGCUCAUACAGCCGGUCCUCCAGUCCAGAGUACAACGACCGAGCUGAACGGCGUCGAUCUCCUUCUAGUUCGCCCGGAGGCUACCGGAACCUCCCUGGCCAUUGGGAAAAGACUCCUAGUGUUGGGCCUUUCCUCGGUAGAAGCCGGCUACUACCUGACUUCCGAUACUCACACUGCACCUCACAUUCAUGACUGGGGGAAAUGGCAUAAUCUCUCGCUUGGUGCAGUGGAAACAGUUGCAGCCAUAGGGCAGCCAUCCAUGGCUACGAUCAUCGAAUUUCGGGCAACAGCAGAUAAGUUCACUGCAUUCAAUUGA